UAAUCAAUCAAGCUAUCACUUCCGCGGAAAACCACACGCUUAAUUAAGACCAGGUUCUGUUUGUCCUUUUUCGACAUAGAAUGCUAGAAUGGAGAUUUUGCAAGUGGUCGAUAGAUUUUGGCUCGGAUUCGGAAUCGCCCUGUUCGCAAAUAUCGUAAUUGCAAUAAGUAAUACGGUGAGAAAAAAGGCAGUGAUAAGAAGGGAAUAUGUACCUCUGGAAAAUGAAGACAAGUAUAUUCAUUACAAAGACUGGGUGCUAUGGGUGAGCGUCGUAUUGAUGCUUAUUGCGCAAGCGAUCAAUUUCAUCGCCUUCUCUUUAGCACCCGCAUUUCUUAUCGCCGCUACGGGCGUAAUUGGAAUAUUUCUUACCGCCAUAAUGUGGAAAAUCUUUUAUGGCGAGAUCUUCAAUUACGUUGGCUUUGCAGGAUUGAUCUUUUCGAUUUUGGGUUUGGCGAUGAUGGUGCUAAAUUAUCCGAAGAGGGAAAUUACGUUGACCGUUUCCGGUUUGGCUGCACUGAUGGAUCAAACUGGUCUUAUUUACUAUGUCAUUGCCGUCGUGAUUUUAUAUUUAUUGACGGCGUGUUACAUAGUACCACACUUUGGAACGAAAUGUGUUUCUGUGUACGUCAUUUUCUCGCUGGUGACAUAUUCGUUCGUGGGAAGCGUCGCGAUAAUCUUUUGCAAAUGCGCAGGUUAUUCGAUAAAAUACCUAAUCGUUACUGGCAAUCAGGAAGAGGCCAAUAUAUUAUAUAUGUUACUAUUCUUACUAGUAAGCAUAGUUGCUGUUGGCAUUCAGGAGAUCUAUAUGGCCAAGUUUACAAAUUCAUUUACCUCGGCUAGUACAGUGAAAGCGAUAUUCUUCAUUUUGCGUACGGCUCUGGUUGCCGUUUUCUCCGACUUACUGUUCAGCGAAUGGUCUCAAGUUAGAGAUCUAAAAAUAGUCGGGACGUCUAUAGGGUUUGUAUUAAUUAGCAUUGGUGCACUCCUGCAUCCUCUCUUCUCAGACUAUAGUUUCGAUGAUGCCGUCAUCGGGGACAAAUUUCGUCCUCGAUAAGUUCAUUAUUAGAUUU